AUGCAUGUUUCUAUUGUAUUUUUAUUUGUAUCAACUUUUAUCGAAGGUAAGUUUUCAGUUUCAGCCUUUACAUUCUAAAUUUUCUGGAUUUUUUGCAGUCCAAUCACGUCAUCUUGGUGAAUUGAUUUGUCGUCAAUGUGGAUUGAGCAUAACAAGACAAUCUGAAUUGAUAAAUGCAACUGGAGUUGAUGAAGAACAAUUGAAGUAUAAAUAUGAAUUUCCGCUGGUUGGAAAAAACACGAGUGUUCAUGUGUUGAAAAAUCCAGCUGGCGAACAAUUUCAUGUUUUUGGCGCCAAAACGGCGAAUUUAAAAUUCCACGGACCGGUAGGUUGAAUCCAGAAAUUUAAAAUUAUGUUUGAGGUUUUCAGGCUCAAUUGGAGGCAACCUGGUAUCCAGGAAUGCAAUGGACAAUUUGUUUAUGUAAAUCUUGUGGUGCACACAUGGGGUGGUAUUUUCAACCAAAAACACCGUUCACGCAAAAAGAUCAGAAAAGUUUUAUUGGAAUUGUGCUAGAUAAUGUGAUAUCUGCAGAUUGUGAGUUAUUUAUGGGAGGAAGAUCAAAUUGAAAAAUUUUUGAAACAAAAAACAUACAAAAUUACUUUUCUGUUUCAUGAAAUAUAAAAGAAAUAGUCAAUUUUGUGUUUGACCCAUUCCGGAUUGUUCAAACAUUGCAUUUAAUGUUAAAAAUUAAUUCCUGACUAAUGAAGUGGCAAUUUAUUUUUCAAUAUAGAACUUAUGAGGAGAAUUGAAAGGUUCAUUAAAUUUUUGAUGAAAUGACAAAUUCUUAAAUAUAAAAUGCUUUCUAUAUUUCAGCUAAAGAAAAAUAUCAAAGAAUAUUUUUUUCUAAAAAAAAGAGCAAUCAAGAAUCGUUAUGCGAUGUCCAAAGUAAAAAAAAUAGCAAAAAAUGCGCAAAUAUUGUCCAAAGCUCGCCUUAUAUUUAAAAUUUUCAUAAAGGAAAUACCUGUGUUUACAGAGAAAUAGUGUGUAUAUUCGAGAGAAACAGACAGUUCAAAUUUAGAAUUUUUGAAAACAUCCUAUCAAAAUAUUCUUUCAGAUAGUGAUACGUUAACAAGAACUCCACUUUGA